CCUCCGUGCCGCCAUUAUGAAUGCCCAGAUCGUGUGACCUAUCCGGAGAUUUGAGAAUUUUUUUAAAUCCUAAUGAUAGUCAACAGUCGAAUGGGACUUAAACAGGCUACAGGUCGGCGAGUAUGGACGGCAGCUCCACCGUUCACGAUGGACCCCAGGAGACUGUUUUACGUACUGGUGGCUCUGAUGGCGGCCAUGAUGGUGUUCAUGUUCACCUACACCAUCCAAAUCAACAUCACCUACACCGACAACGUCAAAACUAGUCUGCUGCAGUCUCAGAAUCAGUUUAUAAGAAACAUAAAGGAAGUUCACGUACAAUCUCCGGACAUGGCUGCCCAUGGGUCUCCCAACGGUGUUCAUUGGUUUGUUAACGAAAUCAUCAAAAGAAGGGUCAAAGUUGACGAAAACGAGACCUUACUGCUGACGUUUCUCUUGGAUGCAAGAAAUCAGAACGUCUCUAUCGUGAACGUGACCAAAGUGGAUCCCAGUCCUGCCCGGCCGCCCAAACCCAGCAGUCGCCGCCGGAGACGCCGUCCGUCAAACUCCGCCCCUAAACCAGAACAGAACGUCUUUCCUCCACCAGACAGUGAAAGUCAGAACGUUACAAACAGCACCAAACCUAAGUACAAGCGGCUCUCCGACGAGGAGGAUUGGAACAACCUGCCUGAUUUUGCCAAGAACCUUCCUGACAAUGACCCGAACUUCAAGUUCAACUGGACAGGACUGAUAGAGUUCAGAGACCUGCUUGAGCGUGAGGUCCACAGUAGUGACCUGUUCAUCAUGACCAAGAGAAACACUCCGGUCAACUCCACCGUUAGGUACUUCGUGGACAAAAGUAAAUACCUCAUCACCGACGAACUCAACCGGAAAUUACCGAAGGAGUCGCCGUUUGCAGACAAGAGAUUUCGGAACUGCAGCAUUGUGGGUAGUGGAGGCAUCCUGUCCAACAGUAACUGUGGUAAACAGAUCGACUCAGCAAGGUUCAUUAUCAGGUUUAACGUGGCCCCAGUUAUGCCGGAGUAUCGUCAGGACAUCGGCUCCAGAACCAGUCUGGUCACCUGCAACGGAGACAGGCUCAGAGAAAAGUGGCGCAAGUUCAGUACAGACUACCACGUGCAAAGGUUCAUGGGGCAUCUGGACCAGUAUGAUCCGGAUGUGUACAUCUGGUCCCAGCCGUUUAUUAGCAGAAUGCACACCAACGCACUGUUACAGAUACAUGAUAUACUAAGAAUACACAAUAAAACCCAGAGGGCCAUCUACAACCGGCCGGAACACCAGGGUCUGGCCAGGUCCUUCUGGAGACGACAGGGGGUGUAUGAGAUGAACUUAACCUCAGGUCUGUUGAUGGUGACCACGGCUAUCGCCCUGUGUGACGAGGUGUACAUCUACGGGUUCUGGCCGUGGUUAGUGGACAAGAACAACAGCACCAUCCGGUAUCACUACGCGCACAGGGGGAUCAAAACAGGCCUCAGUAACAGGUGGCACCACAUCGACAGGGAGUUCGAAAAACUAACGGAACUACACCAUAAAGGACUGAUCAAAUUAGUCACAGGGAAAUGCCAGGAAAAGACGUGAACAUAUCUUUUUGGGUCGUGUGGCGUAACCAAGAGGUCCCGAGUUCA